AUGGCUAAACCAUGGGACUUCCCAUUUCUUUUCCGUUUGCUACAACUCUUAGGUCUAUUUCCUUACCCGUUAUCGCCGGCCAACGUCAACCGCAAGCGCAACACGACCACCAGUAUCCCGCUGAUCGUCUGGUCCGUUAGUCUAUCUUUUCUGCCGCUGUCGUUAAGUGUCAGUACAUUCUAUGCCUAUGUAAAUUCGUAUAUCGAUAACCGUGCUCUGAAAACUUUGGAGUUCUUCACACUGAUCCGGAUAACAUUUAUGCUGUUGCUCUAUCUGCAGGCAUUUCUUGUUAUGCUUACGCUUAACAGCAACGCACCCAACGUACGCAAGUUGUACAACGCAUUGGUUGUAUAUGGAACAACUCAGUCAAAUGGAAGGAGUCACUUCGUGCUGUUUAUUUGGAGUUUCGGUUACAUAGCGGCUUUCGCGUUUAUCAUCUAUAAUAACAUGUUUUUAACGAUCAUGAAAAACGAUCCUGAAAACGCUACCUGGACAUCCAGAAUGGGCUUGUUUCACACUGAUAGUUUUCAGAUGCCGCUGUAUGCCGUAUGCGCAUAUGUUGCGCUCUCAACUGCUUUAUCAGCGAGCUGCGAAAUUAUUCCGCAGAAUAUUCUCUUAGCUGCUGUUCUCAAUAUUCGCUGCACAUUGCUCAUCUUAACCAAUGAUGUUGACAAACUGAUUACUCAAGAGCGCCCGGAAGCGGAAAAACGAGCAGAUUCAGUUCUCGAUAACGUGGAACGGGAAUAUCGCCGGCUGUUGAUGGACAUGACAAAAAUCGAUAAGGCUUUCUCUGGGUUUAUGCUACUUAUGUUUGUGAAAAAUGCCAUUUAUGCCGCAGCGCUUUUGGGAUACUUUUUCACGUCAUUGGAUGCCGGACAGAAAAGUGUCACGGAAAUUGUUGAUCAAAGCGUGGUGUGGGCAGCGUCCAGCGUUAGCUUAGUUAGUGCAUGUAUACAGCAUCACAUUUGCAUCUCAUGUCAUAACCAGGUUGAUAUACUACGAAACGCGCUUUUUAACGCCGGGACACACUUUCUUAAAGGACCGCAGCAGCAUAGAUUCGACGAGCUUUACACACUUUGUACGAGUCACGAUGCUGUUAUAACGAUUGGAGGAUUUCUAAGGGUCGACAGGCAACUGAUUCCCACGCUCGCUGGAAUUCUACUGGGAUAUGGAAUACUCAUCUAUCAGACUCAUGAUACAAAAAUGGAUAUGCAGACCCUGGUUUCUAAACUGGAAUUCGCCGUACUGGCAUCACAACUGGGACACUGUCUACCCACAGGAAAUUUGUCAUUAGACUCAAUUACACCAGCAUAA